CAGCAGGCCUCGACAUAAUAUAGAGGCACAGCAGAGCAGCAGAUAAAGCCAGAAAACAGGCUGGGCAGUCAUAGCUCACCAUAGAGAUCUCACAGCCUGCAGGAGAUCACUCGCAGAGACUUACCCAGUACAGAAUGAGAGUUUUAUUCGUUGUCGCUGCUCUUGUGGUCAUGGCUGGUGCUGCCAGUGUCUCUCUGGAGGAUCUGGAGUUCAACACCUGGAAACUGAACUUUGGUAAGAGUUAUGGUUCAGAGGAAGAAGAGUCUCAGCGUAAAAUGAUCUGGCUGAACAAUCUUAAGCUGGUCCUGAAGCACAACAUGCUGGCUGACCAGGGCCUCAAAAGCUACAGACUUGGCAUGAACCACUUUGCAGAUAUGGACAACCAGGAGUACCAGCAGAUGUUCAGCGGCUGCCUGGGACCCUUCAACAGGACCAAGACCCGCAGUGCAACUACAGUCCUCCGACAGGCAGGGAGUGCUUUUCUGCCCAGCGCUGUGGAUUGGAAGGCUGCAGGCUACGUGACCAAGGUUGAUCAUCAAAUGCGUUGUCAAUCCUGCUGGGCCUUCAGUGCGGUGGGGGCUCUCGAGGGUCAGAUGUUCCGGAAAACAGGAAAGCUGGUGUCCCUGAGCAAGCAACAGCUGGUGGACUGCUCCUGGUUUUUUGGAAACCGUGGCUGUGAGGGUGGUUGGAUGGACUACGCCUUUGAGUACAUCAAGCACAGCGGAGGCCUGCAGUCAGAGAGCUCCUAUCCUUAUGAGGCCAAGGAUGGGAUGUGCAGAUUUAACCCGCUGAAUGCUAGCGCUACCUGCAGUGCCUACGAAGAGCUGCCGAGUGGAGAUGAGAAGGUUCUGCAGGAAGCUGUGGCUGUAAUCGGCCCAAUUUCUGCAGCCAUAGACACCAGCCGUCACACCUUCCAGCUCUACAAGUCAGGUAUUUAUGAUGAUCCAUACUGCAGCAGCACUGAGCUGAAUCACGCUAUACUGGUUGUUGGUUACGGCACUGACAGCCGUGGAGAGGACUACUGGGUGGUCAAGAACAGCUGGGGUGUCCAUUGGGGUGAGAAUGGCUAUGUGAGAAUGUCCAGGAACAAGAGGAACCAGUGUGGUAUUGCUACAAAAGCCAGCUUUCCACAUGUGUAAAGAUGGAACAGAGCCAAGAAUUCAACGAGGAAUAUACAAUUCAACAAGCAACAGCUUCACCUCCAGAAAAGCAGACUUUAAAUUAUGUACUAAUAUGGUGAUAAUGUCUUUUUCAAUAUUUCUUCUUUACAUUGGACACAUGUACUGAGAACAAUGUGUAUGAACCUAUUUAUGGCUAAUAAAUCAAUUUGAAGACAUAAAA